CAGCUGUUGAUGUUGUACACUCCAUACGCAAUCGCUAUCAUUUCGCGAAAAAAAAUUGUAAAUUCGUAUCAUUUUUAUUCAUUUUUUAUACAUUUUCAAUUUUAUAAUUACGUAUUUUCACUUUUUCGGUGUAUUCAUCUAUCUCGGUGAAUAAUUUAGUCGGAGUGUAACAUGGUCCUACGUCUUUUGUAUGUCUUGAAAACGUAAUCGAAGAGUGUCCAGAAAUAUGAAAAUCAACGAAAAGAAUCUUUGCGUUUUCGCUGUAUCGCCUACAAUUGCCGCUGAUAAAGAAGGAUAUCUGAUGAAAAAAGGAGAAGUCAAUAAAGGAUUCCAAAAAAGAUGGUUUGUUCUCAAAGGAAACUUGCUAUUUUAUUUCGAAAAACGAUACGAUAAAGAACCUCUGGGACUGAUAAUAUUAGAAGGCUGUACUAUAGAAUUGGAUGAAAAUGAUGCUCAAUUUAGUUUUAAGAUUGUUUUUCAUGGAGCGGGAAAUCGAACUUAUGUGUUAUGUGCCGAUAAUCAAGAAUCCAUGGAGCAAUGGAUGAAAAGUCUCGCUUGUUCUAGUUAUGAUUACAUGAAAUCUAUGGUUACCGAAUUGCAAAGGCAAUUGAAAGAAACAAGAAGUCAUAAAUGUAAUGAAAAAAUAAACGAUUCAGAUCAGCCCAACUCAAUCGCGGAGUCUUAUAUUCAUAGUACUAGCGAGGAGAAAUUGAAUAGUUUAACUUCUAGUUCCAGAACGCCUCAGCAAAGUGCCAAUUCAUCCCCUCAUCCGCCACCUCGUCAUAGGCAACAAAAAUUAGCCCAAUCUCAGUCAGCUCAUUGUAUCCCUACAUCGAAAAUCAAAUCUCCAAAUAUGGUGCAAUCCUCGUCGCAUGGAAAUAAUAAUCCGAAUUCUCAUCACAAUCUGCCUAAUCAACGUAAUAAAAUAAGUUUCAAAGAUAUGCACACGGCUUUUGGGCGACCCGUACUGAGCGAUCGCAAUUUAUGGAGACACCAAAGAAAAAAUGAUUUACAAUCGGGAAAUGCUCUUCGUAAAGAAGAAUACAAGCAACCUAUUGCGGAGCAAAAUUUGUUAAUAUCACUAUGAAGCGAUUUCGUCAUUAUAUGUAUUAUUUUAUUUAUGCGUUACUUUUCUCUGCAGUUAUGUUUUUUAUCCAUUUAAGAUUAUUUCAUUUUAGCUGUCGAAUAAAGUAUUAUUUUUGUUUUUA